UUCAGCUCUCCUGUAGGCUACAAUGUGUCAGUUGUUAUAAAAUCCAGGAGGCGGAGUCUAGUGACGAGGGCGGUGGGGGAGAGCUCAGCCAGCCCUGCAGGGUGAGCAGUCCAGCCCUGGGUCCAGCGGAGCUAAAACGCUACAGCCAGAAAACUUCCUUCUCCCUCUCCUGGUUUUGAUCCUCACCGGACAGCAGACCCGAGGCGCCGAUCGACCGGAGGGAGGAUGAGAGAUGACCGGUCCUUUGGCAACCUGACCAUUUCCUUAGCAGAGCCUUCCAAAGCGAACCGGAGACUGGCCACACGACCCUGGAGGCGCCGCGCCUCUUGUGGAUGUGUGUGUGAGUGAGAGUGUGUGUGUAUGUGUGUGUGCGCGCGUGUGUGUAUGUGUGUGUGCGCGCGUGUGUGUAUGCGCGCGCUUGUGGUGUGGAUGGGUGUGUGCACAGCACAAUUGCGUGGAAGCGUGUCUGGGUGAGUGUGUGUGUGUGUGCACUCGUGAAUGUGUUUGUGUGUGUGUGCGUGUAUGUGUGUGUGUGUUUGUGUGUGCUCUUGGCUGCUAUUAUUAUUAUUAUUAUUAUUAUUAUUAUUAUUAUUACUUUGGAAGAAAAAUCCUGGAAAUCUGGGGCAGGUUAUGGUACUCCCAGGGUGAUUUCUUUUGCAAGAGGAGCUGACCAGAGCAAGCCACUAGAGCCAUUUCCCUGCCAGCAGAGAGCAUUUUCCUCCCAGUAGAAGGAUUUCAACCCCUGGCUCUGCAGCCAAGUAAAAGAGAUUAGCCCUGAAACCUGUGAAAUCAACCAUUGCUGUGUGACUGACUACCCAGGCUUGGGAGAGGACUUGGAAAGAAAAGGAGAAAUAAAUCAAGCAGCCUGUCAGUUCUUUUUGCCACAUCGGAAGAUGUCAUCUCAAACUAAGUUCAAGAAAGACAAAGAGAUCAUUGCUGAAUAUGAAGCCCAAAUAAAAGAGAUCCGCACGCAGCUGGUGGAGCAGUUCAAAUGCCUGGAGCAGCAGUCAGAGUCGCGGCUGCAGCUGCUGCAAGACUUGCAGGAGUUCUUCCGCAGGAAAGCUGAGAUCGAGCUGGAGUAUUCCCGCAGCCUGGAGAAGCUGGCCGAGCGCUUCUCCUCCAAGAUUCGAAGCUCCCGGGAGCACCAGUUCAAGAAGGAUCAAUACCUCCUCUCACCUGUGAACUGUUGGUAUCUGGUACUGCAUCAGACUCGGCGGGAGAGCCGAGAUCACGCCACCCUCAAUGACAUCUUCAUGAACAAUGUCAUCGUCCGCCUCUCCCAGAUCAGUGAAGAUGUCAUCAGACUCUUCAAAAAGAGCAAAGAGAUUGGCCUGCAGAUGCAUGAGGAGCUGCUGAAGGUGACCAAUGAGCUCUACACAGUCAUGAAAACCUACCACAUGUACCAUGCAGAGAGCAUCAGUGCAGAAAGCAAGCUGAAGGAGGCCGAGAAGCAGGAGGAGAAACAGUUUAACAAGUCAGGAGACCUGAGCAUGAACCUUCUCCGGCACGAGGACAGACCCCAGCGCCGCAGCUCCGUGAAGAAGAUUGAGAAGAUGAAGGAGAAGAGGCAGGCCAAGUAUUCUGAGAACAAGCUCAAGUGCACAAAGGCCCGAAAUGACUACCUGCUGAAUCUGGCAGCCACCAACGCAGCUAUCAGCAAAUACUACAUCCACGAUGUCUCUGAUCUCAUCGAUUGCUGUGAUUUGGGCUUUCACGCCAGCCUGGCCCGCACCUUUCGGACCUACCUCUCAGCAGAAUAUAACCUGGAGACCUCUCGCCACGAGGGCCUGGACAUCAUAGAGAAUGCAGUGGACAACCUGGACUCCCGGAGUGACAAGCACACAGUCAUGGACAUGUGCAGCCAGGUCUUCUGCCCUCCACUCAAGUUUGAGUUCCAGCCCCACAUGGGGGAUGAGGUCUGCCAGGUCAGUGCACAGCAGCCUGUCCAGACGGAGCUGCUUAUGCGGUACCACCAGCUGCAGUCCAGGCUGGCCACUCUCAAGAUUGAGAACGAAGAGGUUAGGAAAACCCUGGAUGCCACCAUGCAGACCUUACAGGACAUGCUGACCGUGGAGGACUUUGAUGUCUCUGACGCCUUCCAACACAGCCGAUCUACAGAGUCCAUAAAGUCAGCUGCUUCUGAGACCUACAUGAGCAAAAUCAACAUCGCCAAAAGGAGAGCCAACCAGCAGGAGACAGAAAUGUUUUAUUUUACAAAAUUUAAAGAAUAUGUGAAUGGCAGUAACCUCAUCACCAAGCUGCAAGCCAAGCAUGACUUACUCAAGCAGACCCUGGGUGAAGGGGAGAGAGCAGAGUGCGGCACAACCAGCAGAAGAGAUGGAAGGCUUAGGCUGCCCCACUUUCCUUGGCUGAGCUGUCCCCCUGCUCCCCACUUUGUGCCCCACCCAGCAUUCCAAGGAAGAAGAAAUGCUCGAACCAGGAACCAGGAUUCAGGACAAGCUAUACCACUUGUAGUCGAGAGCUGUAUUCGAUUCAUCAAUUUAUAUGGACUCCAGCAGCAGGGGAUCUUCAGAGUUCCAGGGUCUCAGGUUGAAGUCAAUGACAUCAAGAAUUCCUUUGAGAGAGGUGAAGACCCCCUCGUGGAUGACCAAAAUGAGCGAGAUAUCAAUUCAGUUGCUGGUGUUUUAAAACUGUAUUUCCGAGGACUGGAAAACCCACUCUUUCCUAAGGAAAGGUUUCAAGAUUUGAUAUCUACUAUUAAACUGGAGAACCCAGCUGACAGGGUGCACCCAAUCCAGCAGAUCCUCAUCACCCUGCCCCGCGUGGUCAUUGUGGUCAUGAGAUACCUCUUUGCUUUCCUCAAUCACCUUUCCCAGUACAGUGAUGAGAACAUGAUGGAUCCCUACAACUUGGCCAUCUGCUUCGGGCCCACCCUCAUGCACAUCCCUGAUGGGCAGGACCCUGUAUCCUGCCAGGCACAUGUCAAUGAAGUCAUCAAAACCAUCAUCAUCCACCAUGAAGCCAUCUUCCCCAGCCCGAGGGAGCUAGAGGGACCCGUAUACGAAAAAUGCAUGGCUGGAGGGGAAGAGUACUGUGACAGCCCACACAGUGAGCCGGGGACCAUUGAUGAAGUUGACCAUGACAAUGGCACGGAGCCUCAUACCAGCGAUGAAGAAGUGGAACAGAUCGAGGCCAUCGCCAAGUUUGACUAUGUGGGGCGGUCCCCUCGUGAACUAUCUUUCAAAAAAGGGGCCUCACUACUCCUGUACCACCGUGCCUCCGAGGACUGGUGGGAGGGCCGUCACAAUGGCGUAGAUGGACUCAUCCCUCAUCAGUACAUAGUUGUACAGGACAUGGAUGAUGCCUUCUCCGAUAGCCUGAGCCAAAAGGCUGACAGCGAGGCCAGCAGUGGGCCACUGCUGGAUGACAAGGCCUCCUCCAAGAAUGACCUCCAGUCCCCCACAGAGCACAUCUCUGAUUACGGCUUUGGGGGGGUGAUGGGCCGAGUGAGACUACGGUCCGACGGAGCAGCCAUCCCCAGGCGCCGAAGUGGGGGCGACACACACAGCCCACCCCGGGGCUUGGGUCCCAGCAUAGAUACGCCACCCCGAGCUGCUGCCUGUCCCAGCAGCCCCCACAAAAUCCCCCUCAGCCGGGGACGGAUUGAGAGCCCUGAGAAGAGGAGGAUGGCGACGUUCGGAAGCGCUGGCAGCAUCAACUACCCUGACAAGAAGGCGCUGACAGAAGGGCUCUCCAUGAGGUCAACUUGCGGCUCCACUCGACACAGCAGCCUAGGGGACCACAAGUCCCUAGAGGCUGAGGCCCUCGCAGAAGACAUCGAGAAGACCAUGAGCACGGCUCUUCAUGAGUUGCGGGAACUUGAGAGACAGAACACUGUCAAGCAGGCACCAGAUGUGGUGCUGGACACCCUGGAGCCCCUAAAGAAUCCACCAGGCCCCAUCAGCUCAGAGCCUGCCAGCCCCCUGCACACCAUUGUCAUCCGAGACCCCGAUGCUGCCAUGCGUCGAAGCAGCAGCUCGUCUACAGAGAUGAUGACCACCUUCAAGCCAGCCCUGUCGGCUCGCCUGGCUGGUGCCCAGCUGCGUCCACCCCCCAUGCGUCCAGUCAGACCUGUGGUCCAGCACCGGUCCAGCAGCAGCAGCAGCUCAGGUGUGGGCAGCCCGGCAGUGACACCUACCGAGAAGAUGUUCCCUAAUAGCUCCUCAGACAAGUCCGGCACUAUGUGACCUGCAGGAUCGGUGACAUCGCCGUGGCCCACUGCAGCACACCGAGGCCUAGGGUGGCCUCCGUGGCUUCCACUUGCUUCCCAGGGAUCUCCUGGCCUUGGAGGGCAGAUCCUAGAAGGUCAGCCUGGGAGGGUGUAUGUCUGUGGAGAGCAGAGGCCCAGGCGUUAGCUGCAACUCCUACUCAGCCAUGUGAAUGCCACAGACCUCUUGUGAGCAGACAGACAUGCCAAGGAAUGCUGGAGCAAGAUCAGUCCCAAGGACGGUGUUUCCUGAGAUUGAGGCAGAUGCUUACCAGCGUCUCAUAUUUUCACUGGAAAACUAUUCUCUCGAUAUUCUCUACAUACGUAUAUAUGUGUGUGUAUACCAAUACAUGCAUAUAUACGCAUAUGUGUACGUAUGUGUCUGUAGGUGUGUGUAUAUAUAUAUUUAUGCAUCUAUAUACAUAUACUAGAGAGCUGGGCAUACACACAUGCUAACUGUAUAUAGACGCUCCUUUUUUUCUUUUUAUGAAACUUAGAUUUACCUCAGACCCAUGCCACCAAACAUUUCCCGCUGUUAUUCGGUGGGAUUUGCAGGGACUUCUCUGGGAGAACUUAGAGGCCCCCACAGUAACUGCGAACGAAGCAAUAUACCACUAACCUGCAGAGACACAAAACCAGAAACAGUCUCCAGCUGUCUCCAGAAGUCGUGGCCUUCCAGAACAGUCUGCCCCUCAAGGAAGGGUGGGGCAGGCAGUACCCCUAAGCAGGCUGCUCCUAAAGGUGGGGAACCCUCCAUAGAAAACCCUUCACCCAUGCCCCCAGAGACCCUGCCCUGUCACCCGGAGGCCAAGGGUCAACUGUACCCCAAGAGCCACAGGGGAAGUUGGUGUGAAGACCUUUGAGCUUGUAUGCUGAAUCAGGAUGGUGAGACGCUGUGCACCAUCCUAACACAGCAUCGGUCUGUGGUUGAGGGAACAAUAACAGCAAAAAACAAACAAACAAAACCCAAAACCGUAGUGUGAAUUAGUUCAAACCCUAGAAGUGCUGUAGGGAUUAAGCUGUGGUGACAAUACAAGUUUUACUUCUCUCAUCUUCAAAAUACUUAAUGUUUUUCUUCCUCCUCAUUCUACUGAUUAUGUUUUGUCAGAUUUGGAACUGAGUGGGCAAGGAGGCGUUCGGUCACACCAGGUCUGUUUGAGAGCAAUCCACACCACACUCUGCCCCUGGUGCCCAGUCAUCCCCUGACCUCCGUCCUAGGAAACACCGUAGGCUGGGGUUCUAUGACAAUGGCAGUGCUCCCCACCCUCCAUCCCUCCUCUCCUUCCAUUUCUUCUAAAGCAGUUAACGUAGACAAAACAUGGUGGUAGAAACAAGGUACGUGAUUCUGUAGUGUCACAACAGACUUCUGCAUGGCUCUUUUGAUUCCAUUUUACCUGCUUUUUUUGUCGUCUCCAUUUUCCAGAUACUUCCAGAAUUGUUGGAUAAUGUGCCGCGGGCAAACCUAGUCCUACAUUUUUACUCGCCCUCUGCAUGCCAAACCCAGGAUCUUUUCUCCUCCUCCUCCUCCUCCCCCUCCUCCUCCUCCUCCUCCUCCUCCUCUUCCUCCUCCUCCUCCUCCUCCUCUUCCUCCUCCUCCUCCUCCUCCUCUUCUUCUUCCUCCUCCUUUUCCUCCUCCUCCUCCUCCUCCUCCUCUUCCCCCUCCUCCUCCUCCUCCUCCUCUUCCUCUUCUUCUUCUUCUUCCUCCUCCUUUUCCUCCUCCUCCUCCUCCCCCUCCUCCUCUUCCUCUUCUUCUUCUUCUUCCUCCUCCUUUUCCUCCUCCUCCUCCUCCCCCUCCUCCUCUUCCUCUUCUUCUUCUUCCUCCUCCUUUUCCUCCUCCUCCUCCUCCUCCUCUUCCUCUUCUUCUUCUUCUUCCUCCUCCUCCUCCUUUUCCUCCUCCUCCUCCUCCUCCUCCUCCUCCUCUCCCUCUUCUUCCUCCUCCUCCUCCUUCUUUCUCAUCCUUCUCCUUCUCCUCUCUCUCUCUCUCUCUCUCUCUCUCUCUCUCACACACACACACACACACACACACACACACACACACACACAGACACACACACACCCUGGCUGGUUCUCUGCCUACCUCCAAAUUUUACAGUCCAAAAUCCAGAAUCUGUGUCACAGUCUCCACAGGAGCCAUGUGACCUGGGGCUAUGCCACUCUUGUCACCUACAGAUGCUUUGAAGUAACCUCCUUGGCAUUUCUUCCCUUUGGGUUUGCUUCCACCAUCUCUUGGGUCCUCCAUUUAAAGACAUCUUGCCCCUUCCCCGGGGAGGGACCUAGUGAGUCACUGGUACUUGGGUAUGGGGAGGAUCUGCCUUGCCUGUGGGAUCAGCACUGAGUACCCUAUGGAUCAAGAAUGGGCACAAAAUGAGAAUGUCAGUAAGAUGCCCGAGCCAUCAAGCCUUCCUUUCCUCUCAGCUCCUGCUAUGAUGGGCCCUAUGUUUUUGAGCACAUAAAGGUAUCUCCAUUCUAUAGUUGAAAGACAGUACGGCCUGGGGGUGGGCUGGGACCUGCACAAGAUAUGCCAGAUGGUCCCGUGGGCUGCAUCAGGCUCAGGAAGCCCUAGUUUCCAGGAAUCUGUUAUCUCUGCUAUGCAUAUAAGGAGAUAAGACUUCUCUUUUGUAUCCCAGGGCUAUUCCCAGAUUUUUAAGUCCACUCACCUCCCAGGCAAAAAUGCAAUAUUCUCUGCCUGGAUACCAGAUAGGAGCAAAAUUGAGUUUACAAAUCUAUUACCUGAUGCACCUAUUGCCAGUUAUGCUGUGCUGAUUUGUCUCUGGGUUGACUUAUUUUGUUUUCCUUACUGCCUCUCCCCAAAUGCCCCAAGAGCAGAGCCUCAGCUGUUUUCCUUAUGCAUCUAUCUUUCCCCCAUUGGCAAGUGGCUGAUGAAUUCACAUUUAGGGAAGCACACACACAGAUGGCAGAUGAGUCCCCAACUCUUCCAACCCCCAAUCUGAGCUUUGAUGUAGAACAAAUGGAAAAACACUGUCCAUCCCCAUCCCCAGCACACUUCAUCUGGUCCCUUUGCAUGUCUCAGCCACCCCCAGUUCCCAACUCAGUCCCAUCCGUGUCUAUCUAGUGUGAGCAUCUCCCUUCCAACUCCUGCCUGUUUUUAGUCCACUAUAUAUUGCUGUAUUUGUUAAAUGCUGGAAAGUAACUGUUAAAAUGUGAAACUGUAAUUUUUUUAAAGAAGGCUACAAUUACAUUAUAGCCAUUGCCACUCACCAAAUCUUUGCACCUAGUAGAUAGAUCGAUGUUAAAACAAAUACCAGAAACCUAAUUGUACAGUGAUUGGGGUGGGGGGUGUAGUAACAUAGUUAGUAGUCCUCAAUAUAGCCAAUCGUACAAGGGGAAGUGGUGUCUACCAAUGUUCAUCACCAUUAUUGAAAGCUGUACUGAUCAGUUAGUUUAUAACGGGCAUUUAAAAGAAUUAUUUUGGCUUCAUGGAAUGAUUUCUUAACCUCCAACUUACCCCAAGGUCAAGCCUUUUGUCUUUAUGUAUAACAGUGUUCAGUCUGUUUUAGGAAUGAACCAGCAAGAUGUUCAUUUAAUUAAAACUGACCAAAGACAAUUAAUUCCUGGUCUAGUUUCCUGGGCACCUUGUGGCCCAGCUGCCACUAAAGACCUUUCUCCGAUCAAUUUGAGAACAAGCCGAGCUUCCGACCCCACUCGCCCUCCCUGCCCUCCUUCUCUUUUCCUCGUUGAGCUACUCUGAGCUGUGGGAUCCUGUGAACAACUGUCGUCUUUCCUUCUCUUCAGUGCUAACUUCUCACCUUGAAGCGCCUUUUGAACCCCGGACAGAGCACACAACUGGAGGGAAUUGCAGGGGUGGGAAUUAAGACUAGGGAGUCUUUCCUCUGAAGUCGCUAAACCAGGGGUCAGGAGGGAAAUGGAUUCCUGAGGAACGGAAAGGUUUAUAUCCAGUGAAGAAAUCAAAUCGGAGUGGGAAGAGACACAGGGAAAUGGAGCCAUCCGUUGGCUACUGGCUGGAACCAGAAGUUCAGAGAUCUGCCUUAUAAACACUUUAAACUGGUUUGUGGUACACAAAGGGGAGCUGGUGGGAGAGAAGCCUGUACAGGGGCUCCCUUCAUUGGCAUCUCCUGGAGUGCCUUGUCGGGUGCAUUCCUUUCUUAUUCAGGAGGCAUGGAUGCAGAGAACAUACCGUGACUUGAUACUUGGUCAUCGUUGAGUGGCCAGUGCACAUACACUCGGAACAAAUGCUGGAAAACCCCAAGGACUAACAGGACAGUCCUCCCUCUCGGCCAUUCUGUUUCUAACUUCUCAUCUUCCAGAUGGUUCCACACUAGAGCAAACGCCUCAUUCUUCUGAGAAACCCAGAAAGGGGUGGAGUGGGGUGUCAUGUCUGGCUGCGGUGGUGGGUCCUGUUGGUCUGGGAGGGAAAGGUAUGACAGGGAGGAAGAGGCAGGAAGUGGGUGGGCCAAGGUAUUGCUUAGCUGAUUUUCUGCUGUGCAGAUCUGAUGCUGACAGCUCGUGUCCACUUCCCUGGUUCUCUGGGGUCUCUUCUCCACUCAGAUGAAUUCAAAGUGGAGAAUUCCACAUACUCCAACCUACCCAGGGGACCCAGAAGGGACUUCACUGUCAGUCCAGACCUCCUGGCCUCUCAUAAGGUGGAUCUGCCAGCGUACUAUUGUCCCGUCCACUGGGACUGGCCAAAUGGCUAUUGCUGUCCUUUGCUGACAACUCCUUUCUGUGCAAACUGUCCCAGGCAAAUCACAAAGCUGUUCCUUGAGGUGGAACUGCCAGAGUGCACUUUCCUUCCCUAGAUGGAAGUGGGUCGAGGCUAGCUCUGCUGCCCAGGCCCUCGUUCCAGGCAGUGUGACUGUUUACAUGGUUUGGCAAUAGGUUUGCUUCUGAUUGCUUCAGAGUGGCUGGUUGAUUUUGUUUGCUUUGCUUUCUUUCUUCCCCCAAAUUAUGACAGGAAAAAACAAACCGAAACCACCCUAGGAAAUUGCUGGUUGCCUGUCCCCAUGUGAUGCUAACUGUUGCCCUCUUCUGGGUAUCAUUUCUCUACCUUAUGACCAAAUGCCCGUCCUAUAGAGUGUCUGAUUGGAUCCUCUGUUGCGUAUUCUGAUGGUGCCUGCUGGUUUGAUGUGGAGCUAUCCUGUGAAAUAAAACAGCUUAACUUUUUCUCAAA